GCCCAAUCUUUGGAAUUGCUGGCCGUCUAAAAACCUCCCCACCAGCCGAGACUGGUCUCCACCCUCUCCCUCUCUGAGCCAAAGCUCAGAGUAAACCCUCAAUCCCAAUCUCACCCAGUUUGAUUCAAAAUCUCCGAUUCAACUCCACCAUUCUCCGCUCACCGUCUUCUGCUACCAAAAUGGCCUUCCCUGGUUGCUGUUAGCCUCCUCUAGGUUAAUUUUCCUCCUCUCCGACACCGCAAUUUACCAACCCCUCACUUUCUUGUUACAAUUUGCUCUCAUGGCGAUUCGAGUCACCCUCAACUUCUCCGGCUACGUGGCCCAAAAUCUAGCCUCCUCCGCCUGCAUCCGCGUCACUAAUGGCCGCGGAAUCCACGAGUGCUGGGUUAGGUCUCUUCUCUUCGGCACCAACCAGAAGGUCGAUCUCGACCCCUCCGGCCACGUCCCCAAUCACUUCCCCGGAUUCUCGGCCCAGUCCAAGCCCAAGGCUCCGGCUCCGACCACCACCUCCCUCUACAGCGCCCUCGCCGAAGAGUUUCUCGGCCCGGGGUCCAAUACUCCGAUUAUUUCCACCGUGUUCUCCGUUAUAAAGUCAACUGCCGCCGUCACCGGUUCUUCUCUGGCGUCUCCGUCUGUCGGUAAGAGGAUUUCGCCGGUGAAGCCCGGUACGAUCAUGCCGUUCUUGCAGGCGGCGAAGUGGCUUCCCUGCAACGAGUCUGUUCCGGCGAAAUUGUUGACCGAGAUGGACAAGAAGAAAGUGCGCGGGGAUGAUGAGGCUUUGGAGCCGGCUAAGGCCGCCGAGUUGAGCAAGAGUGGACUGCAGAGGAGCGGCUGGCUGUCGCGGCUCUUGAAUUCUUGCUCGGAUGAUGCUAAGGCAGUCUUCACUGCUGUGACUGUCAGCGUCUUGUUCCGGUCGUCCUUGGCUGAGCCAAGGUCCAUUCCUUCCACUUCAAUGUACCCUACUCUCGAUGUUGGUGAUCGCGUUUUGGCUGAGAAGGUUUCAUAUCUCUUCAGAAAGCCUGAGGCUUCAGAUAUAGUGAUUUUCAAGGCACCUCCUAUCUUGCAGGAAAUUGGCUUUAGCUCAGGCGAUGUGUUCAUUAAAAGAAUUGUCGCCACCGCUGGAGAUUAUGUCGAGGCACAUGAUGGGAAAUUGCUGGUGAAUGGUGUAAUUCAAAAUGAAAAUUACAUAUUGGAGCCUCUUGCCUAUGAAAUGGAACCAAUUCUCAUUCCAGAAGGGUAUGUCUUUGUAAUGGGGGAUAACCGCAACAACAGUUUUGACUCUCAUAACUGGGGUCCCCUUCCUGUAAAAAACAUUCUUGGUAGAUCCGUGUUUCGCUACUGGCCUCCCUCUAAAGUUUCUGACAUUAUGCAUGAACCUCAUGUAGAAAAAUCUGUGGCAAUUUCUUGAAGCAUUGCCCUCUGACUGCAGGGGAGAGGAUCUGCGAUACAUUAAAUUUUGAAGUCAAGAUAAUGACUAUUUAUACCACUCAUUUGGCUCACUGCUGAGCAGUUUGAACAUGCGAGCCCGCUCACUUCAUGCGGUUGCAUGUCUUCGGGUUAUCUAAAGAUGGGUCUUCACCCAUCACUCUGUAUGACAAUGAAACUUCUGUGUUAGCAAAUGAGUGUGAAAACAAAACAAAAAAAAAUGAAGCUAAUUGUUCAUUUGUUAUCAUUCAAUCAAUUGUUUUUGUUAUGUCGCUUGGGAGGUUCAGAUGCUGCGGUACAUCAGCAGCAACUUUGAGGGGACAAAUUGUCUGAAGUUGGGCGAGGCAGUUGCAGAAUCGUAGGAUGGUCUCAGUGGUCUGUUGAUGGGUGGAGAGGGACUGCUGAUAUGAAGAGCAUGAUUCUGUUGAUGGAUGGUAAAACAGGCGCAGGUGGUUCUAUAGAGUUCUGCUGCUGGCCCCGAUGACUUGGUUUGGCUUCUCAUCUUAGUGUUGCCUCUAGGCUUCCUUCCAAGCAUAAUGUAAACUAUUCAAAAUUUCAAAUAAAGAUUAAGAAUUAUUUGAUAUA